AUGGAUAUUUCUAAUUUUGAUUUUAUGGAUAUAAUAGGAAAGGGAACAUAUGGAACUGUGUACAAGGCCAUGGAUAAAAAGGAAAAUAAACUUGUUGCAAUAAAAAAAAUAAUAAAAUUGUGUGACCAAAAUUAUGGAAUAAGCAAAAUUAUAUUACGAGAGUUAAGCAUACUUCAAAAAAUAAAUCACAAAAAUAUAAUUGUUUUAAGAAAUAUUUUUUACGGGAAAGACAUAGAACAACGGUUGAUAGGGGAAAACCUGGAGAAUUCGUGUUUGUAUUUAACCUUCGAAUAUUGUGACAUUGAUCUCCUAAAUUUUACAAAAAAAUAUAUUUUAAAUAUCAAGGAAGUGAAGUAUAUAAUAUUUGAACUACUAUUAGCAUUAUGUUAUUUGCAUUCAAAUAAUUAUUUGCAUAGAGAUAUAAAACCAGAAAACAUUUUUAUCAAUUCAAAAGGCGAAAUAAAGUUAGGAGAUUUGGGAUUGUCUGUUGAAAAAAGUGAUAAUAUGACCCCAUCAGUGGUAACAAUCUGGUAUAGACCUCCAGAGUUACUUUUAAAACAAAAUAAUUAUGAUCAGAAAGUCGACAUUUGGAGUUUGGGGUGUUUAUUUGUUGAACUAAUAACUGGAAGGCCUCUUUUCCCAGGGAAAAAUGACCAAUCACAGCUUGAUUUAAUUUAUGCAACACUUGGAAAUAAAACUGAAAUAACAAUGGACAACAGUGAAAGAUAUAAUUCAUUUCCCUACUAUGAGGAGAACAUUUUAAAGAGUAUGAUUUCUGAUGAAUCGGCUUGCGAUUUAAUUUCUAAAAUGUUAAUUUAUGAUCCAUAUUUUAGGAUAUCAUCAAAGGAAGCUUUAAAACAUAGUUGCUUUGAUGAUAUGACCAAGUUACCACCCCUUACCAUAUAG